UGCUCGUUCAGUAAUGGUUUGGUCCGCUUUUUAAACUUCACUCUGAAAUACAGUGGGCUUAUAACAAGGAAGGAACCAGAGAAUACAGUUUGUCAUCUUCAUAUGUAGAAGAGUAAAAUCGAUUCGGGAUUGUACUGAAGUCUGUUGACACAAGGCUUUUACUAUAAUGCCAAAUAGAGGAGAUGGCUCUGAGGACUCCACAGGGGACCUACCACCUCUACAGAAACUUGAUUCUCCAACAGGGAGCCCACCAAGCUCCUCAUUAUCCCGAUUGAUUGAGCUGGAAAACUGCGUGUCCAACCUAAGCCUCGCACAUGAGAUAGUGGUGAACAGAGACUUCAGCUUCAAACCUAAUAGCCCUCCCACCAACAGUUUGGAAGGAACAGUGACUGAAAUAGUCCACAAGGCAUUUUGGGACUGUUUGCAGCAACAACUCAACAGUGAUCCUCCAGACUACAGCCAUGCCAUGGUUCUUCUUCAAGAGACCAAGACCUUGCUUGAGUCUUUGCUACUGCCGGGCCAUGUGAGGCUGAGGGCAGAGCUGGACGAGGUGCUGGACAUGGAGCUGAUCAAACAGGAGGUGAGUCAGGGAGCACUGGACCUGAACAGACUGGCAGCAUACGUCAUCAACACCAUGGGCUCACUGUGCGCCCCUGUGAGAGACCAAGAGAUCAGGGCACUACGCCACCUACAGGAACCUGUGGAGCUCUUCAGGGGUAUUUUCCGCGUGUUGGGGCUCAUGAAAAUUGACAUGGUGAACUUCACUGUCCAGACAUUGAGGCCUCACUUGAUGCAGCAGGCAGUGCAAUACGAGAGAGCCAAGUUCCAACAGAUUCUGGACAAGGAUCCCGCCUCUCUGGAUAACACUGUGGCUUGGCUCCACGCAGCUGCAUCAGAGGAGAUGUCGUCUGUCAGGAGUGGUCCUGUCAGCGUCAUGUCCGUCCUGAACAGAGCCUACAUGCAUCUGCUGCGCUGGAGCCCACUGGACCAGAAAUAUCCCGAGACUGUGCUGAUGGACCGGGCCCGGCUGGACUCUCUGGGGGAACAGGUCUGGAGUCUGACUCUGGAUGCCUCGGUACUGUUGGUGACCAGUGCUCAGUGUGGAGGGGCUGUGUGGUCGCUGCCAGGGUUUUUAGGUAAACUCAAGCGGUCUAUCACUGCCCUGCUAGAAGGCAGUCACAGCAGUGAGGCUGACCUUACGGGGGCACUGCAGAGAGUUGCUGAAAAAGUGGUGCAGCAGGUGAAUGAAGCUCGAUGUAGUCAAGAAAACACAUCACUUCCAAAAGAGAACCAAGAGAUCCUCAAAGGACAAAUAGAAGAGCUGUGGAGGGAUAACAACCCUGUUCGCAUUCUCAUAGGAGAGAGGGUACAGGGCUUCCUCCAGGCCAUGCUGCAGGGGGGCCCUCCUAAAAGGAGUCCAGAACUGGCCUCCCCCCUCAGGCUGCUCAGUGCAGACUUGGCCGAGCUGGGAAGGGCCUUUGGGCAAAUUGUCCACUUCAACCGCUCCGUGUUUGGGCCCUUCUAUGCUCCCAUACUUAGGAGAGCUCUGUUCCCAUCAGGAGAGCCAGAGACCGCAGACGACCAGCGCUGAGAAGAGGAUGGCUGGGAGGACCUCAUUGCUCAUGGUUUAAAAUGUCAGGGCUUUGGAUGAUGAAUAUUGCAGUAUGAGGCACAGCUGUAUGAAAAAACAACAGCCUAUAUGAACUCUUUUUAGUAGUUUUUAUACCUCUAUACAUACCUAUAAAUAUGUUUAUUAAAACAAUACAAUUAUAUCUAUAUAAAUACAUAUAUUGAACUGUUAAGAUAUUUUUUUCUCUUAUCUGAGAACCUGUAUUCUGUCUCAGGAAAAGCUAGUACCAAAGAAAAUGUCAUAACAUUUUGGUAACGGUGUUCAUGGUGUUGUAAAUAAGUAACUGCUUUGUUGUGUUUUAGCUUCUGUAGUGUUAACUUUCUUUUAUUUUUUUUUUAACUGAACAUAUACUGUAACUUUCAUCAAAUAAAUUGAUUGUGAAAAUAAAAUUCUUAAUAUUAAGAUUUUUUUAAAUAAUUAAAAAUAAUUGUUAACCCUG